UGAAAACCUUCCAAUGAACAUAUAAUAAACCCCUUUUUGACCUGAUCGAUUACUCCAUCUAAUCAUCGAAGCUCAAACUCAUGCCAACAUUAAUCGUAUGAGACAAAAUACUUCCAAAAUUGCAUCAUCAAUAUCAAUAUCAAUAUCAAAAUCAUUCAUUCAAUCAAUCUGUUCUUCCCUCAAUCUAGAUUCUCCACACAGCCAGUAGCUGAUCUUGUUCAGUUCAUCUCCAUGCUUUAAGAUUAGGGUUUUUUUUUUAUAAAUUUGGUGGAUGAUGGCUCAAUCUUCGUACAGAGUUCGAUCGGUUGGGGAUUAUGUUGUUGGGAAACAGCUCGGGUCGGGUUCGUUUUCUGUGGUCUGGCACGCCAGGCAUAAGAUCCAUGGCACCGAAGUUGCUAUCAAGGAGAUUCUCACCGGGAAACUCAAUAAAAAGUUGGAAGAGAGUCUCAUGUCUGAGAUUGAUAUCUUGAGAAACGUUAACCAUCCUAACAUCAUUCGGCUCCAUGAAAUGAUCAAGGAACCUGGAAAGAUACAUCUUGUCCUGGAGUACUGCAAAGGAGGUGAUCUAUCUAUGUUUAUUCAAAGACGUCAAGGUAGAAUUCCCAAAUCAACAGCAGUUCACUUUAUGCAGCAAUUAGCCGCUGGUCUGAAAGUCCUUCGUGAGAAUCAAAUCAUCCAUAGGGAUCUAAAGCCACAGAAUCUUCUACUCUCUACAAAUGAUGACAAUUCAACAUUGAAGAUCGCAGAUUUUGGCUUUGCAAGAUCCUUGCAACCUAGAGGCCUUGCAGAAACCUUAUGUGGUUCGCCGCUUUAUAUGGCACCAGAAAUAAUGCAGCUCCAUAAGUAUGAUGCCAAGGCAGAUCUAUGGAGUGUUGGUGCCAUUCUAUUUCAACUUGUAACAGGGAGAACACCAUUCACAGGAAACAAUCAAAUUCAGUUGCUUCAAAAUAUCAUGAAAUCAACUGAACUGCAGUUUCCUCCAGACGUAAAGGACUUAAGUUAUGAGUGCAUAGAUCUAUGCCGGAAAUUACUGCGACAAAAUCCAGUGGAAAGGUUGACAUUUGAGGAGUUCUUUACACACCCAUACUUGACUCAAACACAACCUGAUGAAUUGUCAAGCAGAGAUAGGAGGCCACGGAGAACAAUGGAUGGGUUUUCUUAUCCUAAAAUCCCAGCUUUUAGGAACAAACAAGAAAAUUGCCAAGAAGAUAAUUUACCAUUUAGUCUAGAUGAUGAUUCUAAUGAUCCUGAUGGCAGUCCGUCUUAUGUUAGGAGGUCACCGUUGAGAUCUACGUAUGGGUUUUCCCUGGAUACUGAAGUUGAUAGAAGAGACUUGUCAAAGGACAUGGAAAUUUCUUCCAGGUAUAGCAGUAUCAGACAGAAACCAGAUAAUAAUGGUUUUGUGCCAGGAAAUCGUAGACCGUCAGAAGGGAAUCUAAAAGAAUCUCUGAGAUCAAUUGAACACAGACCAGUAAAUAUGCAUUCCAAAGUGGACGCGCUGGAGUUGAUUGAUCAGGAUUAUGUUAUAGUAUCUGGUCCCCUUGGGGAUGCAUCUUCGUUGGCAAGUGUUUCUAAGGUGAUCCAAUCAGCGUCCAAAACAGGGAGCCCUCCUCUACCUUUGAGGGAUAUUCAUUCAACAUCCAGUGCACCGUUACCCAUCAUUGGUGGAGCCGCCAGUAAAAUGCGCUGCACGGGGAGCUUUGAAAGUCAAUGCUCCGCACCCUCUGGGACGUCCCAUGGAUCAGUUGAUAUAAUUGAUGUUUCAGAACAGCCACCAACUGACUGCAUGGCAAGAAUCAAGUCAUUGCAUGAUUGUGCCUCUGCCAUCUCCGAGUUGGUGAAUGACAAGAUUGAGGCGGGGCGGAGGCUAGAAGCAUUCUCUAUUCAGCUUGUGAUCCUUGCAAUAUGGAAGCAAGCACUGGAUAUCUGUCACACACAGGCUGCUUCAGCUAUUAAAGGAAGUCCAUGUCAAGAAACUACAACUUUUAACAUGACCAGCAACAGGGAACGUGAUGGUCCUGAUAUCCAAGAAUGUCUGGAAACUGCCAAGUCUCCACAAGAUGUUUGCAGUCAUAUUGAGAGAAUAUUUCUUGGUGAAGUUGAAAAUGCCGAGGAACUUGCCAAAGUUAUAGAGCCUGGAAAUGAUGGGAUGCCGGAUGCAAUGGAAAUAAUAUUUCAGGCUGCCCUUAAUUUCGGCAAACACGGGGCUGUGGAUGAGUACAUGGGUUUCGUUGAAAAUGCAGCAGGGUUCUAUUCAAAAGCAGUGCGUUUAUUAAGUUUUCUUCUGGUGGAAGCACCUUCGCUGAUUCUUAAUCCUCCAUUCUCGAUCACAAACUCAGAUCGUUAUAGGCUUAGAACAUAUAUUGAUCUACUUAACAACAGACAGAGCCAUUCGAGAUCACAACGAAUCGCGCUCCUCAAAGGUGUCGGUUAUCAGCAUUCUCCAGCAUGAAAUGAAAUUCAGAGGUAAAUUAAUUAACUCUUGUAAAAUUCUUUGUUGUACAGAAGAUAUUCUUUGUAAUUUGAACAUGGUGUUGCCCCUCUGGGGUUGUUCAUAUUCAACAUUUCUGUAAACUAGACUCGAAAGUAAAAAAGGGAAACAAAAAAAAUAUAAAAAAACAAGGAUAAAAAAGAUGGAAAUUGGGAGUUUGAAUUCAUGGUUUCAGUUUGGCAAGUAGCUUAUUAUGUUAAGACAGCUUUUAAC